AAGCGGUUGCUGCUGAAGAAUGUAGAGCCUGUAAAUUCCGGUACUAUGGCUGAAGUUAAAGAAAAGCUAUCGAAAUUAUUGGGUGCAGGCUCUUUAGAUUCGGCAGAACCAAGAAAACGCGAACAUCUUUUGAAGUAUACGCCAAAAAGGGAAGACUUAGUUCCACGUUCUGUAAAAGAUUCGUACGUUAUGGCAUCAAUACCAUUGCGAACCGACAAAGUUAUGCAGCAAAGAUAUGUCAGCAAUGUUGGAACAGUGCGUUACGGUCGUUUAAUGGAAGAUAUGGAUCUUUUUGCUGUAUGGGUUUGCCAACAGUACGUUAAGUUAGCAAACUUACCACCCGACGGCGAAUUACCUUGUAGCUUUGUUACUAUUAUGGCAAAUAGCAUGAAUAUUCGCUAUAAUGUAUAUGGUGUAGAUAACGAUCUCCGAGUAUCAGGUUACGUGGCGUGGGCAGGUACAUCAUCGUUUGAAGUGCUUGUAUGGGUGCAUGUUGUUGAGGGAAACGAAUUGCAUGAAAUAACUCAAGCUGGAUUUUUAAUGGCUAGUCGAAACGCUAACAAUUCGGGAUCGGCACCGAUUAAUCCUCUUAAAGCCGAUAACGAUGAGGAGAAGAAAAUAAUAGCAGAGGGCGAAUUACGCAGACAAAAGAGAGCUGAAAUGCGGAAGAUUUCGGUAUGGCAAGAGAAACCCACACAAGAAGAACACGAUAUAAUGUACGAUUUACUUGAGAAAACUACUGAUAAAACAUCUCUUGAAUUAUAUAAGCGUGUUCUUCCACCCGAUAGUCGUUGGAUGUCGGAUGCCUAUGAUGUAACGACGAUUCUAUCAUUCCCGGAAAACAAAAAUAUGUACAAUACGGUCUUCGGCGGUUUCUUGAUGAGAAUCGCUUAUGAAAUUACAUUUAUAACAUCAUUUAAACAUUGCAAAAAUCGACCAAAGUUAGAGCAUGUCUCAGAGUUCGAUUUUCAAAAAGCCAUACCAGUUCAAUCACUCCUCAGAAUAUUCGCACAUAUUAUUUAUGUUGAAAGAAACUACAUGACAAUAAUGACGACUAAUGAUGUUCUUGACCCGGCUACUUCUCAAAAAAUUACUUCAAAUGUAUCGUAUUUCGUAUUUUCCUCACCGAAAGAUGUCGAGCCGAUUGUUCCCCGUUCGUAUCAGGAAACUUUAUUGUACAUUCAUGGUCGUCGGAAAUUUCAAAAUCUUUCCAGCAUCAAUAAUAAUAGAAGCAUCAAAUAAUAAACUCUACAAAUAGAAAAAAUAAUUGUUUUUUGUUAACAUUUUUUCAAUUAAAGGACAACGUUCUGGGCAAUGCCUUUGCAAAAUGAAUUAAAUAGAAAAAGACAUUGUUUCUAAGUUUGAGAACGCGAAACUUCAAAAAUGCCGCGGUCAAUUUGCGAAGUGUGGAAUGGCGCAUGAAAGAGGCCACAUUCGAACAGUCAAAUAGGAUAUCAAGACAUUCUCUUUUUGUUCUAGCCGUACAACAAUUUGCAUUGAAUUUCUACCCACCCAAGAAACAUGGCCGGGCAUACGUAUAUCGUC